AUGUCCAAACUGCCACCAGGAUCUGAGGAUAAACCGGAACAUGGUCCCUCAUUAGAGCUACAUGAUGAGAAUAAUGACAUAUACAACGAUGGGGACGGGGAAGGAGCUGAAGAAGAUGAGUUCUCAUCAGAAGAGCCGAUGGAUUAUUUUGUCCCUGGGGGGCAAAAAGAGAAUAUAGAUGAAAGAACAGGACACCGGGUUCCACUUAUAGGGCGAAGGUUCUCCAGAACUGAUGCAAGCUCUAUUGUGGGUGGUGAGUCUGUUGUUGAUUUGACAGAAAAUAAGGAUAUCAGAGAACAGAAAGGUCCGAAGCCAGCUAAGGUGCCACAAGAUGUACAAGACGAUUCCCAGAAGGUUUUUUCCUUUUCAUUACCUUUUGGUGGAUUAUCUACGAUUCGAUCUAAAAUACUGUCUUUUAAAUUUGAACCUUAUCUUCCAAUAAUUAGUCCAUCACAUGAUGAUAUAAAGGAUGAUAUAAGAGACAAACUUCAAAGGCAACAGCUGAUAAGCACGAUAGAGGAAGCUCAAUAUUUCAAGCAUUUCAAGGGCACUGAUGACGCCAGGCUAAGAGCUGUUAAGAAAUCUUUGACAAGUAAUAUCAACGAAAUGCUUCCGGAAUUUAUCCACAAGAGGACGAAGGAAGAUUGGGAAGCGAUAUAUGACGAUAUUGACGGUAAUAUUGUGAUAAUGGGAGGUUACAGAGGGUCGAUUUUGAGAGACGCUAAAACGCACAAACGGGUAUGGAUUCCAAUAAAAGCUGGCUUUCACUUGAGAAAGAUUAAUUUAUUAUUGGGACCCACGAAAGAUGAUGAGUUGAAUGCAUCUCGUUUUAUUUAUCCCGAUGGUGUCUUGAAAAAUAUUGGUCCAAUAGAUAUUUGCAAAAGACUAAUAAAGAAGCUUGAAUCUAAUCCUAACACUAAUGUGAAAGAGUUUGGUUAUGACUGGAGAUUGAGUGGUGAGCUUCUUUCUGAGGAAUUAGUUAAAUUCUUGACCGAGAUAUAUAAUGAAACUGGUAAGCCAACAUUAGUAAUAGCACACUCAAUGGGAGGCAUAAUUGCACAUGGGGCUCUCCAAAAAAACCCAAAACUAUUCCGAUCAAUAGUUUAUGUCGGACUGCCAAGCGAAUGCUUGAAUAUUCUAGGUCCAAUAAGGUUUGGAGACUCGGUAAUCUUGUCAGACAAGAUAUUAACUUUCGAGACAAAUUUCAUGAUGAGAUCGAGCUUCCUUUUCUUACCACUAAGUGGAAGAGUUUUUGUAAACCCUGAAACCCACGAACACUAUGACCUAGACUACUUCAAUCCUGACACUUGGGUCGAAUUUAAUUUAAAUCCUUUAGUUUCUAAAAAAAGGAAGUUGAUGGAACAAAAUAAAUCACCUAAUCUUCAGCUACCUGAAUCUGGAGGAUCAUUUCCGUCAAUUAAUAGCAUUAGCUCCAAGUUUAGAAUAUACCGGAGUAAGUCAUUGUCUAGAAAGCAUAAACCAGCAGACUUAGAAAGCAGUCUCUCAUCUAAUUUAGCAUCCACAUCUUCUUUGAAGUCGGAAUCCCCUCCAUUGUUAUCACCUUCGAACGGUCAAUCUGAUGAAAGUAAUUUGAGUUUCUCAUUUACAUUUAAACAGGCCUACAAUUACCUAAAGGAGACUUUAGCACUGACUAAGAAAUUCAUUUUAGGUCUAGACUAUAGAGAAGAUCUAGCAUGCGAAUACCCACCGUUGGCUAUUGUUUACGGUAAUAGGGUGCCUUCUGUGAGAGGGUCCUGUGUACAUAGCCUUGAAGAUAUAAAACAAGGAAACUAUUACCAGUUUUAUUAUGGUCAUGGCGAUGGUGUUGUUCAUCAAAAGUGGUUAAUGCCUGAAAGGAAAGGCUUCAAAUUUUACGACCACGAGACUUCUGAAGGUGAAAUAGUGGGAAAGUUCCCUAGCAAAUGCGGUCAUGUCAACCUUAUGACAGAUUUUAAAGCCAUGGGACUCGCACUUGGUGCAGUGUUUGAAGCCGAAAAGAAAUGGGACGAGAAGAAACGAAAGCAAAAGCAUAAUCGUCUAUUAAAACUUCGAGACCAUACGUCUAGUCCUGAUUCUUGUGAUACCUUGACUUGA